GGAUUUUAAUAAUUAUACAUGGAGUACUAUUUGUUAUGAACGUCGAAGCAGAGGGAUUUUGGUUGGUGUCUGUCUAAUCCCUAAUUACUACCCCAACCCAUCCCUAAGCCAGCCAGUUGGAAACCACUCCAAUGUAUAUUCUCUGAGAAAACCCUAAUUAAUUGAUUGAGAUCGCAUUUGGGAUUUGUUUUGAUUUUCUGGAAAGGGAUAUGGAUGCUAAAGACAUCCUAUUAGGAUUGCCGAAGCCGACAACGACGCCGACGCCGCUUGGACAUCAGCUGCUGCCUUUACCUGCCGACAAGAAGUCGAGGCCUCCAAAAGAAUCUCAAAGAAAACCCGAUGGCAUCUCCAGAGAGGUUUAUGCCCUUACAGGGGGCUUGGCACCUCUCAUGCCUUCGGUUGAUGUCAAUCACUUGAAACGUCGAGCUCAAUCAGAGAACGAGAAGAUUACAUGGCAGUGGCUCCCCUUCACAAGUUCUGCACGAAAAGAUAAUUUGCAGUUGUAUCAUUGGGUUAGAGUAGUAAAUGGAGUGCCGCCAAGUGGUGACUAUUCAUUUGCCAAGUACAACAAGUCCGUUGAUGUGAUCAAGUACACAGAUGACGAGUACGAGAAGCACCUCACUGAUCCUAUGUGGACCAAGGAAGAGACUGAUGAGUUGUUUGACUUGUGUGAGCGGUUUGAUCUCCGCUUUAUCGUGAUAGCUGAUAGAUUCCCAACAUCACGGACUGUUGAGGAGCUAAAGAGUCGCUACUAUAGUGUAUGUCGAGCUAUCUUGAUUGCUAGAGCUCCUGCUCCUGGUGACAUUGCUGGACACCCUCUCGUGAAGGAUCCUUACAAUAUUUCACAAGAUGUUGAACGUAAACGUGCACUAUCAAUGGUGCUUUCUCAAACAAAGCAGCAAGAACGAAGAGAUGCAGAGGUUCUUGCGGAAGCAAAGAGAAUCUCUGAGGCACGGAAGGCCGCAAAGGGUACUGAUGAGUUGGAGGUGCCAGCUAUGACUGAUACUGUUCCAGAUGACAAUGAUGGGGCUGCUGCUGCUGUAGAUUCUCUGUCACCAUCUCCAAAUGCUCAGUUCACAUCUGGUGCUAUUGCACCUCCUGUUUCAGAAAUUGCUUCAACUUUAGCAUCUCUUCGCAUGAUGCGGGUGUAUUUGAGAACGCAUGCUUUAGAGCAGAUGGUGCAAGCUGCUAGCUCCUCAGCAGGACUCAGGACUAUUAAGCGCGUUGAGCAAACUUUACAAGAUCUUGGGGUUAAUUUGAAACCAAAAGUCCCAACUAAAGCUGUUUGUGCAGAGCAUCUUGAACUGAGGAAAGAAAUUUUGAUUCUAUUGAAUCUUCAAAAGCAGUUGCAAUACAAAGAGGCAGAAGGCUCAUCUUAUCGUGAUGGUUUAUAUGCUGAAACACCCGGCACACCUCCUAAGCGUGUACAGCGUGCUGUUGAACAGGACCGAACCUUUGUACCAGAUUCAUUCAGUUUUGGAGGUGAAAGAAUGGGGAAAAGGGAUCAGAAGCGUAAGGCUCCGGGAAGAUUGUUAGAAGGUCCACCAUCACCUGCUCAGUCAAAAAGGCCACGGAAGUUCAAAGCUUCAGAUGGAUAAUUUUGCAGCUAAUUAGGUGCUUUGAGCCUCUUGAGAAUCUUCUACCUGGCCGCAACACAGUCGAUCGUUCAUGCUUAGCUGUAGAUGUAGGUUAACGAGUAGGAGCAUCAAAAAAGAUUCAAUUAGAAGUCUGCUGAUGAAUCCAUCUUAAAAGAGUAUAUGUUACGUAUCGCUUCCUGUGUGAUAUUGUUAAUUUUGUAGUAUAUUGGCCAAAAAGAAUCUUAAAAGGUUUAGCUGGUAAGUGAUGAAGAGCAUGUCUCUCUUUUUUAUGUCGAAGGGGCCUUUGCCUUUGAUGUAAUCGGUUCUGUAUUUGAUCUGCCUUUCGAUAUAAGCUGGUCCCUGGUACUACCGAGCAAGUGGCUCUCAAUUUUUAAAAAAAUAGAGAGUACUUUGCCCGCACUUUGUGAAUUUGUUAAAAACAAGGGUAAAAUACACUAAACUUUCUUGUGGUUUGGGUUAUUA